UUGGUAUGUUACUGCCGAGCUUUAGAGUUAUUCCACAUCCCCUCGCCGGUGGAGACGACAAUUCACAGUCACUUUUCGGGCCUUUAAGAGUCAUUUUGCUAAGAAAAGAAGACAGAAACAGAGACAGAUCAUGGCUCCCAAGUCGAAACAGUCAUCAAGAAAGGGCAAGGAAGCCGCUGCCGUAGCCGUUGCCGCUUCCGCCCAAUACGAAUACUACGAUGAGGUCUCUCCUGCUGGCACGACGGGUAGUUACUAUGCCUCUUCGUCAACCACGGCGACGACUGGGCCUAGUCCGCUCACGGAGUAUGAGGAGACUCCAGGUGCGGCAGCGGCGGCAACUACGACAACGACGGCUGUCGUGAGGUCCAAGUCGAUCCGGAGCGAGGGCGAGAUUGUGUUACAAGGUCCCCUCGAAGUCGCGGGCUCUGUGAAAGCUGGGGGAAACAUCACGCUGAAUGGGGACUUUGACGUGAGGGAUAAGGUUGAGGCGUAUGGGACGGUUGAUGUCAACGGGAACUUGGUUUGCGAUGGGAAGAUGAAAGCAUAUGGCAACAUUUCAGUGGUGGGGUACAUGUCUAUCAGUGAUAAGGUGAAAGGCUUUGGAAAGCUGAGCGUCAUGGGGACGUGUGAGGUCAAUGAUCUUGAGAUAUACGGGAACACGAUGAUACAUGGGUUCCUGAAAUGCAAGAAAUUGCUCCUGUACGGGUCCCUCACAAUCGUGGGUCCGAAUUCAGGGUACCACGUUGAAGAAGAGGAAAAGAUUUGGGGAGCGAUUAUCAGUCGCGAGGAAGAUACGAGUUGGUGAAGUUGUGAUGCUUCACGCACUUACAGAAACGGAUGAAACUGAGGUCAUUGCGAUGUCUUGGAUGCGUCGAGACGGCGGUCCGGAUGUUAGGGCGUUAGCUUGUCAUUUGGCGUUUGGGAGACGGCGUUUGGCACCAGUAUUGGCUUGACAAAGGAAUGAUGGUAUGGGUGGGAACACAGCUUGAGAGGCCAGUUUUCUAAUAAUAGAAAUGCAAAUCCGGAAUGGAAUUUGAGGAGUAAACUUUUCUGCUCGUG